AUGACUAUUUUAGCCAGGUUUUCAGCACAUCUGUUCUCUGCUAAUAAAAGGACACUCCCAUUUUAUACAUGCUGCUUUUCAAAUGUUUAUCGAAGGGAUGCAAUUGAUUGCACACACUACCCAGUCUUUCAUCAGGUUGAGGGAGUUCGACUCUUCACCGAAUCAGUUUUAUUUCCUGGUCAAACCAAUUUUUGCCUCUUUGAAAAUGGAGAAAGAACACCACAGAAACAAGCUUGGCAUACAAUUAUCACUGCCCAGAAGUUAGAAGAAAACCUAAAAAAAUGCUUAUUACAGUUGGCUAUUCAUCUGUUUGGUACAGAUAUAGAAGCUCGGUGGGUAUCAACGACCUUUCCAUUCACUCAUCCAUCUUGGGAAAUGGAGAUCAAAUAUCAAGGAGAAUGGCUGGAAGUUCUUGGCUGUGGAAUUAUGGAACAGGAAAUUUUGCACAAUGCUGGAGCUGGCAAUCGUGUUGGUUGGGCCUUCGGGUUAGGACUUGAGCGUUUGGCAAUGAUCCUUUACAAAAUCAAAGACAUACGGCAAUUUUGGAGCAAUGACACUGGUUUUUUGUCACAGUUCCAAUUCAAUGAUCCAUACACGCCAAUUGAAUUCAAGCCUGUCAGUCAGUAUCCACAGUGCAUUAACGACAUCUCAUUCUGGUUACCAGAGGAUUAUGAAGAAAAUGACUUUUAUGCCCUCGUUCGUGAUAUUGGCGGGAAUAUAAUCGAGCAGGUAUACAUCAUUGAUGAUUACUUUCAUCCCAAGAAAAAACAACGCAGCCACUGUUAUCGUAUUGUUUAUCGGCACCUUGAAAAGACUCUCUCUCAAAAGGAGGUUAAUGAUAUCCACUUACAAAUUGAAGCGGCUGUUGUGAAACAAUUGGGAGGAGAGAUUCGAUGA